CUCCUCCUCCUUGGGGUUUCAAUAAAAGUCCUCUUUUUGUUUUUCUAUUGAUUCAACUGUUUCUCCGUGUUGAACUCGCGUUUUGUCGCAGACCCAAACGAAAGAUUAUAAAAAAGAAAAAUUUGCUCACACGCAGAUUUUUCUAUAAGAAGAUUUAGGGUGCGAAGGCGAAACUUUUCUAGGGCUUUGUUUUCAUCGUUCUCGGAUUCUUCUGAAGAAAAAUCUAAAUCCUACUUCAAAUCUUCUUUUCGAUUUUUUUCUCUCUCCCUUGAUCUCUUCGUUUUCUGUUGGGUUUUCUCGUUCUGCUUCCUGAUUCUGAGAUCUUGGAUCGAGCGCUUGCGUUUGGAUCGUUGACUCGGCGGCGCCUCCCGAUUUGGGUUCGCCGGGAUUUCGACCUUUUGGACUAUGGAAUUGGUUGCUGCACGACAAGAACAUCGACAAACAAGACGGAGAAUAUGACGCUUUACAUUGGCCGCGAAGCUUCCAAGUUAUGGAAGCGAUUUUGUUCAGAGAUAGCUACAGAGAUCGGUCUCCUUGCUGAGAACUGGAAGUACCUUCUCGCCGGUCUUGUCUUUCAGUACAUACAUGGCUUAUCUGCAAGAGGAGUUCAUUAUCUGCAUCGUCCUGGACCAACCCUUCAGGAUCUCGGGUUUUACCUUCUUCCCGAGCUUGGUCAAGAGAAAGGCUACAUAAGUGAAUCUGUGUUCACUUGCGUAUUUGUAUCGUUCUUCCUGUGGACAUUUCAUCCGUUCAUCCUGAAAACCAAAAGGAUAUACACUGUGUUAAUAUGGUGCCGGGUUUUAGCAUUCUUAGUUGCCUGCCAGUUUCUACGUAUCGUAACGUUCUAUUCGACUCAGCUUCCUGGGCCUAACUAUCACUGUCGGGAGGGUUCAAAGCUUGCCAGGUUGCCACGGCCACAGAGCGUUCUGGAGGUGCUCCUAAUUAACUUUCCCCGAGGUGUAAUAUAUGGUUGCGGAGACCUGAUUUUCUCAUCGCACAUGAUUUUCACACUGGUUUUCGUUCUCACUUACCAGAAAUAUGGCUCUAAAAGAAUCAUAAAGCUGCUCGGUUGGCUCGUUGCUGUAGUUCAAAGCCUCCUGAUUAUCGCCUCCCGUAAACAUUACUCCGUAGAUGUCGUCGUUGCAUGGUAUACGGUGAACUUGGUUGUCUUCUUCCUAGACAAGAAAUUACCAGAACUUCCUGAUCGGACCACGGUGUUGCUGCCUGUGAUCUCCAAAGACAGAACCAAAGAAGAGAACCACAAACUCUUGAACGGGAAUGGCACCGACCCUGCGGAUUGGAGACCGAGAACUCAGGUGAAUGGCAAGAUCUAUGAAGACAGCAAUGGAGUUCACACCGAUAACGCAAUGAACGGCGCAUGAACUUGUUUACUGCAGUGGGUAACUUUUUUUUUUGUUUUUUUUUGUUACUACUGAAUUGGGGGUAAAAAGGGAUCAGAAGAAGCGUAAAAAGGGGAGGAGUCUCAUCUAUGUUCGUCGUACAUUUCCCAGUUUCUUGCUCCUCAAGUAAUCAUCUCUCUCUUCGAGCUUCUUCGUAUUUGAUGAUCUGAUAAAUCAGAUUUGAUUAAUGCAACUGUUUGGAACUCGAGAUCUGGAAAUCCAAUCUUGUUUUUGUAAGAAUGCCAUUUAUGGUUCUGUAUAUAAGUAUACGUAUAUAUAUAUUUA